UUCUUUCUUCAGUUCACGCAUCUCUCUCUUGCCGCUCUUUCUUCCUUCCCGCCAUAGCCAAAAUGCAUCUCACCGCCACUCUCUCACGAGAUUGGGAGAGAAAGAGCUUCAAGGCCGAACCGAACGUGGGGCCCCGAUUCUUCCCGAGGCAAUUCGAGGGCGAGGAUUAUUUAUAGAAGAGCCCCAACGAUGGCGAUGCGCCGAUGGCGGUGCUGCACUUCCUUGACGAGGAAGAAGAAUACGUCAGGCUCAAUCCUUCGUGAAAGCAAUCGUUUUCGAGUAACGGGUAUCGCUAAACUCUCGCUUUCUACGCUAUCAGGCGCUGCGAAUGUGUAGGAACAGUAAAAGUUGCAGGGAGCGGUGGUUGCUCGUGAAUGAGGGCGCUUCAUUCACUUGUCGAGAACAAAGCGCCUGCUCUCAGCAAAGCUUUGAUAGCCCAUUGUCAAGCUAUCGUGGGAGGAACCUUGAGGGAUCUCUAUACUGCCAAUAAUAUAUUAAGUGGAUAUACAAAAUGUGGAGAAAUCUGGGUUGCUCACCAACUGUUCGACCAAAUGCGCAGCAGAGAUACAGUGUCCUGGAACACCAUGAUUUCUGGUUAUGUUAAUAGUGGCAAGUUGGAGAGAGCAUGGGGUUUUCUGGAGUCCAUGAGACAAUGCGGACUAGACUUAGAUGCUUAUACUUUUUCAAGUAUGCUAAAAGGAGUAGCUAGUGCUAGUAGACUAGACCUCGGUCGGCAAUUGCAUUCCUUGAUUUUCAAGCAUGCACAUGCCGGGAAUAUUUACACCGGAAGCGCUCUUUUGGACAUGUAUGCUAAGUGCGAGAGGGUUAAGGAUGCGUACAUCGUGCUUCAACACAUGCCGCGACGUAACUCCGUCUCGUGGAAUGCGCUAAUCAGUGGGUUUGCGCAAAGCGAUGACAGAGAGACUGCAUUUUGUCUUUUAGAUAGCAUGGAGAAUGAGGGUGUUAAGCCAGAGGAUGGGACCUUUGCUCCUCUCUUGACAUUGCUCGACGACCAUGAGUUUUUCAAGCUUACCACACAGGUCCAUGCCAAAAUUAUGAAGCAUGGUCUAGAAUGGGAAAAUAAUGUUUGUAAUGCCGCGAUUAAUUCGUACUCGGAGUGUGGUUCCAUUGAAGAUGCUAAGAAACUGUUUGACAGCGUUGUCUUUAGAGAUAUAGUGACAUGGAAUUCGAUGCUUGCUGCUUACCUCGUGCAUGGUGAUGAAGAUUCUGCCUUUAGGCUUUUUAUUGAUAUGCAAUUGUUGGGCAUUGAAAUGGAUGUUUACACUUACACAAGUAUAAUAAGUGCCUGUUUCGAAGAAGCAUGUGAAAAUCAGGGAAAGUCCCUCCAUGCUUUGGUGAUUAAAAGAGGUCUGGAGCAAUCAUUACCAAUCUCCAAUACAUUAAUAGUUAUGUACAUCAAAUUGGGUAAUGGAUCUAUGGAAGAAGCUAUUAGUGUUUUCAAAUCGAUGGAUUCCAAGGACCGGGUCUCUUGGAAUUCCAUGUUGAACGGAUACUCCCAAGUUGGGUUGAGUGAAGAUGCCUUGGAACUUUUUGCUCACAUGAGAUCUUUGGAUGCUGAGAUUGAUCAUUAUGCUCUUUCAGCAGUUCUCAAGUCUUGCUCUGAUUUGGCAACUCUCCUUUUGGGCCGACAAGUUCAUGCAUUGGCACUUAAGUUUGGCUUUGAGUCAAAUGAAUUUGUUGGCAGUGGACUGGUCUUUAUGUACUCUAAGUGUGGCAUUAUUAAAGAUGCUAGAAGCUCUUUCGAAGAGACCUUCCAAAGCAGCUCAGUCACUUGGAACGCAAUCAUUUUUGCGUAUGCACAACACGGUCUAGGACAUGCUGCGCUUGAUCUUUUCCAUAUUAUGAGAGCAAGGAGAAUAAAGCUUGAUCACAUCACCUUUGUUGCUGUCCUGACUGCUUGUAGCCACAUUGGUUUGGUUGAAGAGGGCUAUGGGUUUCUAUUGUCAAUGGAAACUGAUUAUGGCAUUCCUCCAAGGAUGGAGAACUAUGCUUGUGCGAUUGAUCUUUUUGGGCGUGCUGGGCUUGUGAAUGAGGCUAAGGCCUUGGUGGAUUUGAUGCCGUUUCAACCUGAUAUGAUGGUGUGGAAGACUUUAUUGGGUGCUUGUAGGAGUAGCGGGAACAUGGAAUUGGCUUGUCAAGUCGGGAAUCGACUACUUGAGUUAGAGCCUGAAGAACAUAGCACUUAUGUUCUGCUCUCGGACAUGUACGGGCGCCUUCAAAAAUGGAGUGAUCAUGCCAGGGUAAAGAGGCUUAUGAGGGAAAGAGGGGUGAGGAAGGUCCCUGGCUGGAGUUGGAUUGAGGUCCAAAACCAGGUUCAUUCUUUUAAUGCUGAAGACCGUUCCCACCCGUUCUGCGAAGAUAUAUACCCUGUGUUGGAAGGCUUGAUGGAUGAAGUAAGAAAGUUGGGUGGGGAUGUCAAUUCAGAGGAUUCUGCGCAACAAAUGGAGAUAUGGUUCGGGAGUCUUUGACAGUGAUAUUUAUUCAUAUUCUUUUAGCCGAUGGCAACGAAUAUCAUUUGUUCAGCUAUAGGCGCUCGGAUAAUUUUUUAGGCAAACAUUUGUUGUAGCGAAUAAGGAAGAACGAUAAGCAUUCUCUGUUGUAAUCAUACAGAAACAAAUUUCAUGCAAGCUUUCUUCUCAUUGUUUUAUUCUCGAUGUAGAGGAAGAGAAAUUGGUUUGUCAUGAAUGCGAAGAGUAUCCUUAUACAAUCAAAGGUACUAUCUUCUCUGAAUAGGAAGUCCCUCUUUGUUGCUCUUCAAGAGGAAAAGGCUGUGAAGCUGGGAGAGGGAGUCAGCUUAGUGGAGGAGGAAGAGGAGGAUGCCUUUCAGUAGAUCAGGAUUUCAGUAGUUUAUCAAUUAAAGGUCAGUAUCUCCGAAAGAAACAAAGGACUUCGUUAAGGGGAGGUUGAGUUAAUUUGCUGGCGAAUGAGCGUGUUAAACUCAAUCCUGACAGGGCAACCAAAGGCAACCCGAGUGUCGCCGGAGCAGGCGGUGUGCUCAGAGAUGGGGGAGGAAAUUUGGAAUGGAGGAUGUACAAGUUUGGUGGGCAUAUGCUCUUCCGCACCGGCGGAACUUUGGGCUCUUGAUCCCAAAAUUGGCACGACUACUCGACUUCUGAACAAUGCUCGUAAUUGAAAUGGAUUUGCAUUUGGUUAUAGAGUUGUUAAGGAACAAGGGCAGGAGUCCGAUGAAGCGGAAUCCUUUGCUGAAUUGA